UCUUUUGAGGUGAAAAUGUGGAUGCCAAUUAAGGUAGCUUAUGCAUACGAGAUUCGUUCAACAAGGAAACAUGACCGAAAGCAGAAAUUGCCGUCUUUUUCUUUAAACACAGGUAAUGAAAGCAGAAAGAGUUUCGGUAAGGCACUUGCCCACCAUGAAGGCAAACUCAAGGAUAACAUGGACAAGGUGUUGAGAUGGAGAGAAACUCUUACAAAAGCAGCAAAUUUGUCUGGCUGGUCAUUCCUGGCCAACGGGCCUGAAUAUAAAUUUAUUCAAAAAAUUGUUGAAGAUAUUUCGGUCCAAGUUUUAGAUAGUACCCAUUUGAAUGUGGUAAGUCCUUCAAAGGCACAAGAUUUCAGGCAGCCGGAAACUCCGAUAAGCAGGAAGUGUUUGCAGAAGAAGUUUGAAAUAGUUUGCAAAUUCUUAGGCGUUUUGUAUUGCAUCAUCUUCGUAGUAUUUUGGGUCCGUCUCGCCGCACGCCUGGGUUUUUUUAGCGUUUUUUUUGGAAACUCGCUUGAUUAGCGUUUGAAAUUAAGAAAUGACAUCCAGGUGCUUGCCUAAAUCGACUAGGCAUCUGUUUAGCUCAUCCAGAUAUGCCUAGGUCAGGUUCACCUAGAUAGAAAAUAGAUAAUUUUCAUUUUGCAUUUUAUUUUAUUUUUUUAAUGAAUUGUAACAGACUUGCUGCAUACUUAAAAUUAACACACAUUAUAUCCUUGUUUCCU